GGAACCUCCCGGGCCAUUCUCCCUCCCAGGCUGCUCGCCUCCUCCGUACCUCUGGCAGCCCCUUCCCAGCCUCUCCUCCCCCAGAACGCGGCCGGGACUCGCGGGGUCGCGGCGCCUGUUUCCCCUGCCUCCGCAGACGCGGCCGGGGCCGGAGAGGAGGGCGGAGCCCGGCCACAAUCACCGGACUCCAAUCCCCCAAGGGUUGCGGGGCUGGGGGACCAGAGAGAUGCACUACAGACGCCAGGCCGUCCUCUGUCCCUUAAGACUUUUCUGGAGAAAAGCUUCCAACAGCUCUUCGCCUCUCCCCCUUUUCUAAGGCGCGGGAGAACUGUCUCCACCGCCCGGGAGCGGCGGAUUGCAGGGCGAGGGCCGAGAUUUAUACAUUAAGAGUCCUGGGGGCACCAGGCUCCGCCCCUUUUCUGGUUUUUUUUUUUUUUUUUUUUUUUCCUUUUUUUGGUUGCCUGUGGGGAAGGAGGGGUUCUUUUUGUGUGUGUGUUUCUGCCGCAGAUCGUUCCCGGACGAAGCCACUCAGCCUCAGCGGGGCGCUCGGCGACUUCAGCUGACCGGUCGGCCGGGCCGCGGCGAGCGCGCUGGCCAUUGGAGUGCGCGGCUGCGGAGGGAGGGGACCCCGACUCGAGUAAGUUGAGAACGCGGCGCGCUCAGUCGGGGGCAGCAGCAAGAUGCCGAGCGCGCCGUGCAGACCCGGAGCUCCCCGAACGCAGCUUCGUCCAGCCUGAGCCAGGCUGCGGUUUCUGAGGCCCUCUCCAGCCACGGAAAAGCUACACAAAAAGCCUGGAUCUCUCUCGCUCAACCACCCCCGCUGCCAGUGAAGGCUCUCUCCGCCUCGCCCUCUAGCGUUCAUCUGGAGAAGUACCGCCCCGGGCUCCUGGGGACAGUGCGCAUCAUGGGGUCCACCAACAUCCCGCUGGUCAAGGCCCUCCGCAGCUCUGUCUCCGACUAUGUCAACUACGACAUCAUCGUCCGGCAUUAUAACUACACGGGAAAGCUGAAUAUCGGCGCGGACAAGGAAAACGGCAUUAAACUGAUCUCAGUGGUGUUCAUUCUCAUCUGCUGCUUUAUCAUCCUAGAGAACAUCUUUGUUUUGCUGACCAUUUGGAAAACCAAGAAGUUCCACCGACCCAUGUACUAUUUUAUUGGCAACCUCGCCCUCUCAGACCUGUUGGCAGGAGUGGCCUAUACGGCCAACCUGCUUCUGUCUGGGGCCACCACCUACAAGCUAACCCCCGCCCAGUGGUUUCUGCGGGAAGGGAGUAUGUUUGUGGCCCUGUCUGCCUCCGUGUUCAGCCUCCUGGCCAUCGCCAUUGAGCGCUAUAUCACCAUGCUGAAGAUGAAACUCCACAAUGGGAGCAACAGGUUCCGCUCCUUCCUGCUCAUCAGUGCCUGCUGGGUUAUCUCCCUCAUCCUGGGGGGCCUGCCCAUCAUGGGCUGGAACUGCAUCAGCGCGCUGCCCAGCUGCUCCACAGUGCUGCCGCUGUACCACAAGCACUAUAUCCUCUUCUGCACCACGGUCUUCACUCUGCUCCUACUCUCCAUUGUCAUCCUGUACUGCAGGAUCUACUCCUUGGUCAGGACUCGGAGCCGCCGUCUGACUUUCCGCAAGAACAUUUCGAAGGCCAGCCGCAGCUCUGAGAAGUCGCUGGCGCUGCUCAAGACCGUGAUUAUCGUCCUGGGCGUCUUCAUCGCCUGCUGGGCGCCCCUCUUCAUCCUGCUCCUGCUGGACGUGGGCUGCAAGGUGAAGACCUGCGACAUCCUCUUCAGAACGGAGUACUUCCUGGUGUUGGCUGUGCUCAACUCUGGCACCAACCCCAUCAUUUACACUUUGUCCAACAAGGAGAUGCGUCGGGCCUUCGUCCGGAUCAUGUCCUGCUGCAAGUGCCCCAGCGGAGACUCCGCCGGCAAAUUCACACGACCCAUCAUCGCCGGCAUGGAAUUCAGCCGCAGUAAGUCAGACAACUCCUCCCACCCUCAGAAGGAUGAUGGGGAUAACCCAGAGACCAUUAUGUCUUCUGGAAACGUCAACUCUUCUUCCUAAAAGUGAAAACUGCUGACCCAUGGGGAGCUUGCAUGGUUGCCCACCACCCCAGUGUUUGUUUGGAAAAAAAAAACUCUGUGCCUCCACUGCUGCCAGGCAGGAGCUGUCGCAAGCCAGAGGGAGGGAAGGGAAGCGUAAGAACAGCCUGGAGGUGCCUGGUGUUGGUGGGUAGACUUAGUUCCUGUGAACAAUGCACUGGGAAGGGUGGAGAUCAGGUCCUUGCCUGGAAUCUAUUUCCUCCCCUCGCUGGAGCUUUGAUUUUGCACUGAGCCAAAGGUCUAGCAUUGUCAAGCUCCUGAAGGGUUCAUCUGGCCCCUCCUCAAAGACUAAUGUCCCCGUGUGAAAGCGUCUCUGUCGGGAGCUUUGAGGAGAUGUUUUCUUUCACUUUAGUUUCCAGCCCAAGUGAGUGUGUGCACUUCUGCUUUGCUAGGUAUGCUCUGCAUAUCCUACCCUCCCUUCCCCUUCACAUCCCUCCUCAGAAUUCCUUCACUUUAUAUUUUAACUACCUGGCAUUCAGAGUUGAGAGUGUGGCACGGUCCAUUUCUUGAUGAUGUGUAGCAGGUAGGCUGUGUCCAGCAGGUAGACUGUGGUGGAGAUGGUUUGGAGAUGUAAAGCAAUUUCACUUGCUGAAGCCAAAGUUUCCACGUAAGCUGGAUGAGUGUUUUUGAUUUUAGUUGCAGUCACUUUAAAAAAAAAAACCUUUGCAAUGAAAUGUAUUACAGUAUCAUAUCCAUCAUGGCUGAAAUCUGCAUGAGGAAGUCCCAAUGUAUUUAAAUGACAUCAGCCAGGAUCCUUAGUGUCAUAGGAGAAACAAACAAGCAAAACAAGGUGAAAACUGACUGGAGGGUGACUUUGUAAACCAAGAAAGAUUUCUUAACGAAUUUGUCUAACAAAUACAGCAUCUGUCUUUGGCACUUUUGUUGAUGUUUCUUUCAGAGUGUUGUGUGAAUCAUUUCAACCAACAGGAUGGCUGUAUUUUGUUGUGUUAAAAGUACUUUUUUAAUAAUUUUUGAAUGUAUUUGUUUCAACAUUUUAUUGGAUUUUCCUAACCUGUGUUAACACCAUUGAAUGUGUAUUUCUUCAGAAAAUACCAUCCUCUUGUGCCCUUAAAGCAUUACUUUAACUGAUAGGGAACAUAAGAAGUUUUUCAGUACAUUAAAUAGUUAAUUGAAGAUGUGUAUAAAUGUCACAAAGAAUAAAAAUAUAUUGGUGUCUGUUUAGUGUGGUUUCCAGUGCAAUUAAACUGAGAAAUGUCUUUUUUUUAAAAAAUAGUAUUUAAUAGGUUUCUGACAAUGUGGAUCAUUUUGCACAUAGCUUUAUCAACUUUUAAACAUUAAUAAACUGAUUUUUUUUAAA